UGGAACCGCGAAGUGAAGAAGAGGAGAACCUUCUUCUCUUCUCAUGCUCAGGAUUUUAUAGAUGAACAAAAAGAAGCUCGAUAUAUUCAGAGGAGUGAGACGUCUUUAGCAUCUUUGACAUCUUUGGUGUGUCACAAGUUUAAAUAGAGAGCGGAACCCCAGAAGACCCUCUGGAUCAGCGCGAGGGGGGGUGAAGGAACGAUGACGGCGUUUUUUCCCGCGAACGACUGAGACCCUUUAACCCCGCCCCCCUCUCUCUCUCACACACACACGCACACACACACACACACACACCAGGUGCAGCCCCAAAGACCCCCGCCAUGCUGUGUGGUCUGAGGAGGGACUCCAAGAACAGCGCCGAUGAAGGGCCGUACUCCAAGGGGGGCAAGGAGCCCGCGGCGGCCGACCCAGCGCACUCGUCUUGCAGGCGCAGCCUCUCAGAGGAUCUUCGCGGCGUGACCACGGUGGAGCUGAUGAAGAGGGAGGGCAGCAGCCUCGGCCUCACCAUCUCUGGCGGCUCCGAUAAGGACGGGCGUCCCCGCGUGUCCAGCCUGCGUCCCGGUGGGCUGGCUGCCAGGAGCGACCAGCUGAACCUGGGCGACUUCAUCAAGUCGGUGAACGGCAUCAACCUGUCGAGGCUCCGCCACGAUGACAUCAUCAGCCUGCUGAAGAACAUCGGGGAGCGGGUGGUGCUGGAGGUGGAGUACGAGCUGCCUCCGUCCGUCCAGAACUCCUCGGGAGUCCUAACCAAAACCAUCGAGGUGUGUUUACACAAGGAGGGAAACAGCUUUGGAUUCGUCAUGAGAGGAGGCUUCCACGAGGACUGGCGCCGGUCUCGCCCUCUGGUGGUCACGUACGUCCGGCCCGGCGGGCCCGCUGACAGAGAGGGGUCCCUGAGGGCCGGUGACCGGCUGCUCAGUGUCGACCUGCUGCCUCUGAACUCAGAGAAACACGGAGACGCCGUUACCACGGUGAUGCAGAGCGGACAGGAGGCCGUGUUCCUGGUGCAGUACGACGUCUCCGUCAUGGACGCAGUGCAUCAGGCCUCGGGGCCCCUGCUGGUGGAGAUGGUGAAGGGCCCCUCCUCCAGCCUGGGCGUCGUCCUCACCACGGCAACGUACCGGAGCAAACAAGUCAUCAUUAUAGACAAGAUAAAGGCAGCCAGCGUGGUGGAGAGGUGUGGGGCGCUGCAUGCGGGCGACGUCCUGCUGUCGAUAGACGGCACCAGCACGGAGCUCUGCUCUCAGCUGGAGGCCACGCAGCUGCUCGCCAGCACCUGUGACGUCGUGAAGCUGGAGAUCCUCCCGGCCAAUCAGAGCAGACUUCCCGUCAGGCCGCAGGACACAGUAAAAGUGCAGAAGAGCAGCCAUCAUCCCUGGGACCAGAGCGGCAACUACUGCCACCCCCCCCACCCCCCCCACGGGAAGACAUGGAGCAGCCCGAGCCGCCCACCUGCCCAGCGGGACCUCUGCACUUCCCUGGUGAGCGGCGGCUUCUCCCCGUCCUCCACAGCCACGUCCGGCUUCAGCAGCCAGGGGAGCAGCACGCUGCCGGCCCCGCCCACCAGCCCCCGAGGCUCCGCCUCCAAGAGGAGGACCAGGAAGAAGGACCACAAGAGCUCACUGUCCCUGGCCUCCAGCUCCGUGGGCCCGGGGGGGCAGGUGUUCCACGUGGAGAGCAGCGAGGUCGUCCUGAGGGGCGACGCCCUCACGGGGUUCGGGAUCCAGCUGCAGGGCGGCGUCUUCGCCACGCUGUCGGCCCCCCCGGUGGUCCGCUGCCUCCAGGCCGACAGCCCGGCUGACAGGUGUGGCCUCCUGCAGGUGGGGGACAGGCUGCUGUCCAUCAACGGGACCCCCACUGAGGACGGGACCCUGGAGGAGGCCCACCAGCUGCUCAGGGACUGCGCUCUGGCCAACACGGUCACCGUGGAGAUCGAGUUCGACGUCGCCGAGUCGGUGGUCCCCAGCAGCGGCACCUUCACCGUGAAGCUGCCCAAGAGGAGGGGGGUGGAGCUGGGCAUCACCAUCAGCGCGAGUAAGAAACCCGGAAAGCCCCUCAUCAUCUCUGAUAUCCAGAAAGGAAGCAUGGCACACAGAACAGGGACCCUGGAGCCCGGGGACCGGCUGCUGGCCAUCGACGGCGUGCGUCUGGAGAACUGCUCCAUGGAGGACGCCAUGCGCGUCCUGCAGCAGGCCGAGGACAUGGUGACGCUGCGCGUCCAGAAGGACGAGGACAACAUCGAUGAGUUUGAGAUGUCGGGCUCCGUCGUCUACACCGUGGAGCUGAAGCGGUACAACGGCCCCCUCGGCAUCACCAUCUCCGGCACGGAGGAGCCCUUUGACCCCAUCGCCAUCUCUGGCCUCACCAAGAAGGGCCUGGCGGAGAGGACCGGGGCCAUCCACAUCGGGGACCGGGUCCUGGCCAUCAACGGCGUGGGCCUGAAAGGAAAGCCGCUGAGCGAGGCCAUCCGCCUCCUGCAGGGGGCCGGGGAGUCCGUCACCCUGAAGAUCAAGAAGCAACCGGAGCCCCCUGAGGGCCGGCGGCCUCCAGGACGGUUCCUGAGCGAGACGCAGCUCCUCAGCUCUCGACCCGCUGGAGACUCAGCAGUGAGUUCCUGGGACAGUGAAGCAGACGCCAGGAGCCAGGGGACCUUCCUCCACAAAGCGUCCGACGCGUUGCUCAACCCUCACGAGUGGCAACGCACGAAGCACGGGAGCCAACCCGGACCCGUCUCCGCGGGUCUCGACCACCAGGGGGCGCUGUACGACGGGGCGUUCACCGAGGACGAGUGGGACCGGAUGCCCGGAUACGUCAGCCUCCCUCGUUGCCACGGCACCCAGAACCAGGAUGACGGCUUCUGGACUCGAGCUCUUCAGAACCUGGAGAGCUGCGGCCAGUCGGAGAUCCUCCGGGAGCUGGAGGCGUCCAUGACGGGCAGCGCGCUCAGCCUGUACCUGGAGGAGACCAAGACGGAGGAAGAGGAGGACGCCGUUCUCAGCGAGGGAAGCCCCGCCGCGUGGCCCGACGCCCCUUCUGAUGUCUUGGCCCCGCCCACUCUGGCGCUGCACAAGGUGACGAUGAGGAAGGACGUGGAGAGCCGUGACUUUGGCUUCAGCGUCUCCGACGGGCUCCUGGAGAAAGGGGUCUACGUUAACCUGGUCCGGCCCGACGGCCCCGCGGACCAGGCGGGCCUGAGGCCUUUCGACCGCCUCCUCCAGGUGAACCGGGUCAGGACCAGGGACCUGGACUGCUGUCUCACGGUGCCCCUGAUCAUGGAGGCGGGCGGCGUCCUGGACUUGGUCAUCAGCAGGAACCCGCUGGCGGCCGACGCCUCAAACUCUUCGAGCGCCUCGAGCGCCUCGCUGUUCUGCUUCCCGGAGCACAGGACCAACGCCGUCGCCCUGUGACCCUGCGAACACGGACGCUAGCCCCCUUUUUUAACACACACACACACACAGCAUCCUCGCAUAACGGCCACAGAGUGCACGUGCUCACCGCUGCCGGUUUUAGUCACUGUGUUCACAUGAUGCAGUUCAGAGGAGGCUUUGGCUUCAGGGCAGCCCCCCCCUCCUCCCCCCCCCCCUCCUCCUCCUCCUCCGUUCCUCUCCAGAGGCAAAGCCACAUGUAGGCUUAUAUAACGGGGGAGUCAUAGCUCCUGUCUGAGCCAGGAUGUCAACGCUCAUGCCGCGGCUCUGGAGAGUCAAAUGCCACACACACACACACACACACACACACACACACACUCUCUGCAUACAUAUAGCAUAUUUUGCUUUGAUGAGCUUGAUGCUCGCAUUGCAAAAGACACAUUUUUGUGCAUUUUGUUGUUGGUUGUUCUGCACACGAAAUCUUUCACAUGCAUAUAGGAAACACACACACACACACACACAGGGUGUUGGGUGGACUCAAGGUCUAGGGCACAUUGUGCUUAUUUGCGUUCUUUCAGCCACGACCUCCCCCCCCUUGGAGAGCGGACAGUGCCUCCAAAGAGACAGAAUGCUCUCUUCUACUUUCCAAAUAUCAUUAGCUGUAUUUCAAGGCCUCUCCUCGUCGGGGGGGUGGGGGGGCGACGUGUUCCAGAGACGUGUCGCCCAGUUCAGUUUCACUCUCUGCACGUUUCUUUUUUAAACACUUUUGCACAUGACACACUUUUUAUUAUUUUUGUCUCUGUUCGUAACGCACCUGUGUUUUUCUUUUCUUUUCUACUUCUUCUUCUUCUCCACGUUGCACUGUUUGAAUCUGUAUGUGGCAUUACACCAGAAUGACUUAUGGGGUUAGUAAGCGGAUCGCAUCCUGAACCAAACUGGAGAAUUUAAAUGCCUUUUUUAUUCUUAUUUUUUCUCAAUGUUUUAGUGGUGAAUGAUAUUUAUUGUUUUCCACUCUGUAUCCGUCUGGAUCGAUGUUCCUCUCUGGAGUAGCUGUUGUCCCCCACGAGGGUUUGUCCUCACAAGUAUAGCUCUUCUUUAUUACAAAACGGUACCGGGAGUAAUCUUUAUGAGUGCUUUCUCUCCCCCCCCCCCCCUUUUUAUUUAUUUUUAUUUUUAUCAUGACAUCAUGUUUUUAUCUGGCCUGCUGACCUGGCUGCCUCCUCCGGAAACGAGAUCCGUGGUUUCACCGUCACGUUCAGAACCGAUUUUAACGUCUUUAAUUUAAAUGUCAUGUUGUAUACAGAGGCCUAUUUUUGAGGUUUAAUAUAAAUGUAUUCUCUUUUUGCUGUUGUUUAGCUGUACAAUGUCUCGUGGUUUUUUACAUUAUUAUUUAUAGUAGAUCUUCACAUAAGCCGUGUGAGAUGUUGGGAUUUUUAAUGUUUAAUUUCCACAUCCUCCCCGGGAAAUAUCAGGAUUUAUUUCGAUGGAAUGCCGAAAGAUCUAUUUCAUAUGAUUUUUGUUAAUUUAAUUUGUUAUAAACCUAAAGAAAUGUAUUUCUUUUUAUGAUGAUAAAGUUCAUGAAACCAUA